AUGGACGCUGUGGAGUCAUCCACUUCGCCGUACUCGCCGCCUUCGCUGCGCCACAAGCUGCGGACCACCGUGUGCGGCUGCUUCGGCUCGCCGGGCAGCGGCGGGGAGAGGCAGCAAAGCGGGGGCAGGACCAGGUGGAGGCGGCGCGUGGCGGCCGCCGAGGAGUUUAGGUACGAUCCGCUCAGCUACGCGCUCAACUUUGACAACGGCGGCAGCGGCAGUGACGACGGCGUGAAAGCAGAGGACACCGCCUUCCGGUACCGGAACUUCAACUCGCGCCUGCAGCCCUCGCCGGCGCCGGCCUCCGGAGCCGUCGCAGUCGCCUGA